AUGGCGGAGGGGGGCGGCGCGGCUGAGCGGACGGUGGAGGUCCCUCCACCGGAGACGGAGAGCAUCGUGUGGAGCGAGGACAAGGGGAGGUUCGAGACGCCCGACGGCGAGGCCUUCCUCCAGUACCGCCUCCUCGACGGCCACGGGAGCGGCGCGUCUCCUGCGGCGGCGGUGAUGGACAUGGUGCAUACGUACGUGCCGCGGAGCAAGCGCGGGCAGGGGCUCGCGGCGCGGCUCUGCGACGCCGCCUUCGCCCACGCGUCUGCCCGCGGCAUGCGCGUCCUCCCCACCUGCUCCUACAUCUCCGACACGUACCUGCCUCGUAAUCCGGCGUUGAAGGAGCCCGUGUACAAGGAUCAAGAACCCCAUCCCAAACCCAUCAGCAUGUAG